AUGGAUCACGCUGAGCUGAAAGGCCUAGCAUCCAUUUCGUAUCCUAAGGACGUCUACACGGCACUGGAUUCAGAGACCCAAGAAUUCCGGCUUCUCGUGCUAGAACAAGCACAGGAAAAGGAUGAUCCGGUACAUUGCUCCGUUCGCAAGGUGUCACUGCUUAGCACGCCUCCGCCUCUGUACGAGACCGUCUCCUAUGUCUGGGGCGACACGGAACUCAAAAGCGAGAUAUUUAUACAUGGCCGAACGACCCUGGUUGGCUACAGCGCUGUCCAGGUACUACGACGUUUCCGUGAGAGAGGCCGCGAUCGUGUGCUCUGGAUCGAUGCUGUGUGUAUCAAUCAGCAUAAUGAUGAGGAGAGAAGCCGGCAAGUUGCCAUGAUGGCGGACAUCUACUCCGGUUGCACAGGCGUGCUCAUCUGGCUCGGAGAAGAUAAUGGGUUUGCUGAACGAGCCAGUUUGGUGAUAGAUGCAGUCGUCGAGAAUGCGAAGCUGCACAUAGAUGAUCUCCAUCAGCUCGCAAACGUGUGGGAGCCUGGAUUGCCAGUCAGCGCUGGGGCGAUUGACAAGACCAUCGACCUGGAGCCUUUCUAUCAGUUGUGCUCGAGUCCAUGGUUCACGCGCCUGUGGGAAUAUCUGCGGCGCGCUGAUAAGCCUUUGUGUCAGUGA